AUGUCCAACGACGACAAGGAGAAGGCCGCGGACCAGCUCGAAUCCAAAUGGCAGAGCCGCCACGGGGACGAGCGCGAGAUCCCCGUCGAGCAGCGCAAAGCAGAGGCUCGUCUGCUGCGCAAGGUCGACUGGCUCCUCAUCCCCAUCCUGGGCAUCCUCUACUCCAUCGUAGGCCUCGACCGCGUCAACCUGUCCAAUGCGCGCGUUGCCGGCAUGGACAGCAACUUGCGCUUUGAUGUCGGUGACCGCUACUCCAUCGCCCGGCUCAUCUUCUUCGUCGCCUACUUCCUAUUUGAGAUGCCCACGACGCCCAUCCUGCGUUGCGCCGGUCCAAAGCUGCUGCUCAACAGCCUGGUGUUCAGCUGGGGCUGCGUCAUGCUCGGGAUGGGCUUCGCCAACGAUUGGCGCGUCAUUGUCCGAUACGAGGUGCAGCAGCGCAUGGCGCUCUGGUACAUGAUCAAUCUGUUCGUAUCCGUUUUCGGUAAUAUCCUGGCGUACGCAUUCAUCAAGCUGGACGGUGCGCAUGGGAUAGUGGGUUGGCGAUGGAUCUUCAUCAUCGAGGGCGCCGUCACCAUCGGCUUCGCCUUCCUGGGGUAUGCAUUCACGCUGCCGUUCCCAGAUCAGCUCUUGGCGUCCGGCAAGAAAUCGACAUUUUCCCAAGACGACCUGCAGAUAAUACUGGAACGAGUGGAGCGGGAUAGGGGCGAUGCUGAGCCUGACGCCCUGACGUUCCGGAAAGGCGCCGAUCUACGCCUUUGCGUAUUUAUCCAGAUUAUUCUUACGACACUCGGGUACGGGACAGCCAAGGUCUUCCUUCUCUGUGCGCCGCCGUACUUGUUUAGCAUCAUCUGGACAUUGACCGUGGCCUGGUGCGCGGAUCGUUCAAGGCUCAGGAUGCCGUGGAUGGUUCUCAACGCGGCCAUCACCUUGACCGGCCUGACGUUGAUGGCCUACCACGAUAACAAUGCUGUGCGCUAUUUUGGUGUCUUCCUUGGUGUCUCUGGAUGCAACGGCAAUCUUCCGACCAUCAUCGCCUCGCUAGGUGGUAUCUACGCUUCGUGCACCUUUAUGCAGACGGAGUAUCCUACGUACCGAACGGGGGUUUGGUGUGCCGUUGCGACGCAGUUCCUGCUUAUUGUCCUGGUCGGCCUGACGUGGUGGUGGUUCAAGCGUCAAAACAAAAAGGCCGAGACGCAGGGGGUCAUCAUACAGGAGGAUGCCGAUUACCGCUAUACGUUCUAG